AUGGCAGACGUCAAGCUCCCAACUCUGCCUGCCGCUCACGAUCGAUUCCUGGAGUAUCUGGCGACUUAUCCGCAGAAGCCCUUGCUCGAAGUACUCGAACCUUACAAGCAGUACGAUGCAGAACUGCGGAAGAUCUUUGCUCAGCACCCGGAGCAUCCAGCGAACCAUCAUCCAAAUGUGGUUCCGGUGUUCGCAGGUCAUGAAGUUAGUGUGAAGAUCAAGGCUCGUGACCUGGCCGCCGAGUCUCCGCAGGACAAGGACUCCUAUAUAAUGCCACUUUCCGACGAUGCCCGCAAGGCCGAUGGCUCGCCAGCUAUUGUUCAAUCGCUGCAAGAGUUCAGAACCAACUUCGCCGUCUUCUCUGAGAGCUCACUCGCCGAUCUUGAUUGGUCGAACGUUGUCGUCGCCGGAUCUGCGGUCGUAACGUCUCUUCUGUCGGUGCCCAAAGAGUAUGCAGAGUCGAAACGUGCCCUACGAGCCUACUACCACGAAAAGCUUGCUCCUGCGUCGGAUGUUGAUGUCUUCCUGUACGGACUGACAGAAGAGCAGGCUAUCGAUAAGAUUAAGCAGAUUGAGCGUCAGGUGCGCGACGCAUUGCUUGUCGAGACCACAACAGUGAGAACCAAGAACGCUAUCACCAUUGUCUCUCACUACCCGACUCGGCACGUUCAGAUUGUUCUUCGUAUCUACAAGUCUAUCUCUGAAAUCCUGACUGGCUUUGACGUCGAUUGCAGCUGUGCAGCGUACGAUGGUGAGCAAGUUUGGGCGUCUCCACGGGCGCUGAUCUCGUACAUGACGCAAAUCAACACCAUCGACCUCACACGCCGCUCGCCUAGCUACGAAAACCGCCUGUCGAAGUAUGCCAAGCGAGGUUUCGAGAUAUACUGGCCGAACCUGGACCGCUCGAAAGUCGACCCAACCAUCUUCGAGCGAAGCUUUGGACGUACGGAAGGCCUGGCUCGACUGCUCAUUCUGGAAAAGCUGCCCCGGAACAAGGAUCGAGAAGCGUACCUGGAUCAGCGGAGAGCGGAACGAGGCCGGCCUCCAAUCAACCGCUUGCGGAUACGCAAGCGGUUGGUAGCAGGCAACGUGAAGAACGAUUUCGAGGACGAGGUAGCUGAAUGGGUCGACACGGACGAAGUUGCCUCAUACCAUACAUUCACCAUCCCUUAUGGCCCAAAGUUCACCGCGCGCAAAAUAGAACGGCUACUGUAUACCAAAGACAUGUUGCUCAACGCGGAGUGGAACAAGCCGAAGGAUCGCAAAGAGAUCAAUCUGCACCGUCACCCUGCCUUUUUCGGCUCUGCAGAGUACGCCAUUCAUGACUGCUGCGGACAAUGCCCGAAACCUGUCACGGUCGAAGAAGAGGAACUCGCAGAGGAAGAGGACAAGAUCUACGUAAGCGGAGAUGUUAGGUUCAUCAAGGACGACCCAGGCCGACAAGCCAUAGGCAGUUUCAACCCUUUGACUGCUGACGACUGGACAAAGAUGGCCUAUAUCAGCAACACUGCUAUGCUCUGUCAAGCCAUCGUUGAUGGCGACACGCAAUACGUCCGAUCUUGGCCUCAGCAGGAAGGAAAUGAUCCGAACGCACGUGACUGGACCGGCAGGACACCGUUGCAUCUCGCUGCCGCUAACGCGUCGGUGGAGGUCGUACAGCUUCUCAUCGAUCACGGUGCUCGCUUGGUGGCCCGCCUCGCCGAUGGAAGGACCGCCUUGCAUCUCGCUGCAAUGCGUGGAGACGUUGGCAUCAUUUCGGCUCUGAUGCGAAGAAGCGAGGCUAACGAGGAAGUUGUGGAGAAGAAGCUCAGCUUGAAGCGCGCUGUUCGAGGAGCGUUGGAGACUGCUCGUAUUGGCAUGAACAAUGUCCCUAUGCCAGACGCCGCGAAGAACGAGUCUUCCGAAGCCGAUCAGGAUAUUGACAUGAUGGACGAUGCUAGAGACGACGCUGAUAUUGAUGCAACCACCGAAGGCUCUAUGGUCAAGGUUAAAGGAGCGACGGCACAGCCACAUGAGCCAUCAUUGACUGACGACAAGGACGACGAGCCCGAUGUGUACGACAUCAACGUUGUGGCCUGGGAUACUGCUAACUCGCCUCUGCAUCUCGCCAUCAUCCAUGGGCAUCUUGAUGUCGUCAAGAGUCUUGUGCAGGAUUUCGGCGCGGACGUCUUACUGCCCAUAAAGCUUUUCAACGAGCAUGACAAGUCUGCUCGAGCUGCCAUCCUAACGUUAGUGUUGGGCUUGCAACUCCCGUCAGAGAAAGUGGCAGAGAUGGUCAGAACGCUACUGCAACUAGGUGCUACCGCAGCGCAAGCGGACGUUGACCAGAGGACAGCCCUGCAGUAUUGUGUUGCCGACAGACCUGACGAAUUGCAGACUAUCCGCGCUGCAGAUCAGACGGGUCUACGCCGCGCGAUCAACCACCUGUCGGUUUCUGGAGCGAACUGGAAUGUGCGACUUUCUAGCCCACUUCUGACUGCAAUCCAGGCUAGAGACGGUGACACAGCACUGGCUCUGCUCGCAGACGGUGCGAAAGCGCAGAUUGCGUUUGGUGAUUACGCCAAAGCAUAUCAGACCAAGCAUGAACUUCUUAAUGAUUCCAAACAAAACCGCCGCAACUUCGAGCAGAAUCAGAAGCAGCCCGUCAUAUUAGCCGUUGAGUGCGAGCUGCCUUUGGUAUGCGCCACGCUUGUCACGAAAUAUGGCGCUGAUCCAAAUACACUUACGACGAGCGGUUACCAGGUUGUGAACCAGGAGUACAGCCGUCGAUACACCAAAGGCGAGAGCUUACUGGACCUUGUCCAGAAGAAGUCACAGACGCUUGCGGAAUGGCAGCCCAACAAAAACCAGCUUCAGGCGCCUGAGGCUUUGAAAGACGACGAACAUUACCUCGGCAGCUAUACGGAGGGUUCCUAUGCUCGAUGGUCUGCGCACAUGCAGCUCGACUCUGCUAAGCACAGCUACAAGGAAGCCCGGAAAAGGUACGAGGAGCAGGUACGACAGAGGGAGAGCAUUGAAGGCAUCGAGGAACAACGGAAUGCCGUUUCGAAGAUGGCAAAUGACUUUCAGCAAUUGGAGACUGCACUGCUAGAUGCGGGAUCGAAGACAUUCGCAGAACUAUAUCCGGACAUUCAGGAACCGGAUCAAAACAGGGGAGGCGCUUACAGGCACGAGCACAACAAACAACCUCCUUUCGCUAUUGACUUCAGCUUUAGGCUUGGCGACCUUACCAAUGAGACGAAGGAUCGAUACCUGCGACUUUUCGAAGCCGUCUGGCACGGAGAUAUCCAGACCGUGAAGCAGCUCACACUGAUGCCAUGGAAGGACUCAGAAGGCGAAGACCAUGCCCCCACUCAGAUUGCGAUCAUAGACCAACACGAUGCCUCGCCACUUUCGAUCGCGGUCGCCAAGCAUCAUGUUGAACUUGCGAAUGCAAUCCUGGAGAUUGCGGAUGCGCAGUACGAAGCACCUGACGCACCAAAGCAGAGACGUUUCAAGCUGGAAGGCAACACUAGCGAUGUCGAUAGCGGUGACGAAGCAAGAGAGGACGAGGACGAGGCUGUGAUACCCAUUUCCUCGGAGAUUGUGGACGAUCAGUUUACUGUCGAGACUAUUGGUGAGCUUUCGCUGCAGGUGAAGAGCCGCGUCACUGCACUCAACCUGCUUGCUUGGUCCUGCCCAGCCUUGAUCAUCGCUAAAACAACGCCGCCUAGCCCGCCCCAGGGAAUCUCUGAGCGAAUUUGGGAGGUGUCUUCACCAAGCAACCUUCUUCAGCUCGCGCUGUACAGAGAUGACCAGGAGCAGCUGGAAUGGCUGUUGAACAAGCGUGAGGAAUACCUCCAGCGCUCCCAAGCCGCAGGCGACGACGACAAGUCUACGUUCUUCGCGCUGGAUACUGCUGACUUCACGUAUGGCAUCCAAGUGGAUCGGCCACAUCUUCUGGAAAUGAUGAUCACACGGACCGGUGCUGGCAUUUCUCUAGACAGCUUCAUGCGAAAGAGCGGCGUCGAGCUCGGAGAGAAGUCAAGGGCGUACCAGGGGCUGUCCGUUCGUGGUCGGAAGAGGAAGGACUGGGCAGAUGCCAGUCGUGGACAUACGAGACAUGAGCCGCUAGAAGAACAACAGCCGCUGUUGCUUCAAGCAGCGUAUGAAGGUUCGCUGAAGUGUGUUGAGUGGGCUAUGAGCGAUGCGCCUAUGCGGGCCUACCUCGACUUCGCGGAGGCACACAAAAGUGACGAACGGCUACAGCGCUUGGCACAAGCGGAGGGCGGCUUCGAGACAUUGACGCAAAAGUUCCUCAAUGCUCGCUGGGAUCUGACUAUCCACUGCUAUCUUAUGGGUAACCAGACUGCUGACGACGACGGCAAGAUGCUGAGGUACUUGAUGGCGGCGCUGCCAUCUGCAAUCGAUGCCAAGUCUACCGACGGACUAACGCCCCUUCACAUCGCUAUGGAGCUCUAUGAUCACCUCGCCGUCAAGAUGCUGAUCGACACUGGCGCUGACCAGACCGCCCGUGACAAGACAGGCAACAAUAUGUUGCACCGAUUGCUCGGACGUUAUAUCGACGAUGGAAAGUACAUCAAGAAGCUGCCGGUCAUGCUCGAGUCACUCGACAGUCGACUUCUUCCAAGCUUAUUCCUCGAGCGGUCAGCGGCUCAUCCAGGCUCGCUCACUCCCUUAGCGAAAUGGCUGCGAGAUGUCAUUGGUGGCCUACACCGGUCUGAUGAAUACGCCGCGGAAACCUUGCGACUGCUGCUACGCUAUAGCGAAGGGAGAGAGCUCGGCUUCAUUAACGGAGAAGGAGAUACACCCCUCCAUGUGGCUGUGCGAAACAACAACUACAUCGUGGCGAACAUCAUUCUCGAACACGAUCCGACGUUGCUUAACCGCGAGAACGCAACUGGUCGCACCGCGUACGAGAUGGCGGAGGAUGCGGCCAUCGUUGUGAUCUGUGCUGAUCCGCCACCCAUGCCUUCUGAUGUUUUGACAUACAUGCAGCGGAAGGGUCGUAGAUACGGCUUGUCCAACGGCUGGAUGUUUGAUGUCGCGAACCGCGAUCCGAAAAGUUUUGUUGAGCCUAUCGAGACUGAUAGGCGGAACAACCGGGAGAAAAUCUGGGCCCUGGUUAGAACCGUGAAGGACAGACUGAGUGGUGCUGGCAAGGUGACGAGGAAGCUGGUAUCGCUCAAUGAAGCCAAUGAGGUGGCCAGGCGUCUUGCUGCCGUCAAGGCAAACGAUCCUCGUCCCGGCAGUCAGCUUGACAAUGGUGACGAUGUUGAGCGUCGAGAUGAAGUGCGACUUUGGCUGGGUAGCGCAGAUAGGAGGGUUUGA